UGUCCUGGUCGGCGGGGUGGUUCUGGCCCAGUAUAUCUUCACCCUGAAGAAGAAGACGGGGAGGAAGACGAAGAUUAUAGAGAUGCCAUUCCAAUUUGCCUGCUGCAUCAGUCAGAGCUGCCUGUUCAUUGGAAGUCUGAGAUUCUGUUGUUGGUGUCCCAGCUGAUCAUCUGUAAAUCUGACAGGCUGGAUUGUUGAGCCAUGCCUUCCUGAUGUGCGUCACAGAGCUGAGUUCUUUUUGCCCAGGGAUUAGUCAGGCUGCUUUUGGAAACGCCCUCAGCUGCACCUUGUGCUGCUAUAUUAGUGUUUGCCUAGCAGGAAGAAUUUUCUUUUUGCUGCUGCAGCUGCCUCAGCAAACCCCUCUGCCUGUAUGCAAGCCCUGCAUCUCUGGACUCUGAUUACCACCUGUGCUGUUGCAGUAGGAAAGAUCCAAGAACAGAAGAACCAAGAGUGCCCUAAGCUCAGCACACAGAUGCCUGAAUUUCAGAAAAAGACUGUUCAUAUCAAGGACCCUGAAAGAGUGGAAGAAAUUAUCUGUGGCCUCAUCAAAGGAGGAGCCGCCAAACUUCAGAUAAUUACAGACUUUGAUAUGACAUUAAGUAGAUUUUCAUACAAUGGCAAAAGAUGUCCAACAUGUCAUAACAUCAUUGACAACUGCAAACUCAUCACAGAUGAAUGUCGCAACAAGUUGUUGCAACUGAAAGAAAUAUAUUAUGCCAUUGAAAUUGACCCAAAUCUUACAAUUGAAGAGAAGUAUCCUUACAUGGUUGAGUGGUACAAUAAAUCGCAUGCUUUGCUUAUUGAGCAAGCAUUGCAAAAGGACAAGCUUGCCGAGAUUGUGACGGAGUCAGACGUUAUGCUGAAAGAAGGGUAUGAGAAUUUCUUUGAUAAGCUCCAUGAGCAUAAUAUUCCUGUGUUCAUUUUUUCUGCCGGAAUUGGAGACAUCUUAGAAGAGGUCAUCCAUCAGGCAGGUGUCUACCAUCCCAAUGUCAAAGUAGUUUCCAAUUUCAUGGAUUUUGAUGAGAAUGGUAUAUUGAAAGGAUUUAAAGGGGAACUGAUCCAUGUUUACAACAAACAUGACGGUGCUUUGAAGAACACUGAGUACUUUAAACAGUUAAAAGAAAAUAGCAACAUCAUAUUGCUUGGAGACUCCCAAGGAGACUUAACUAUGGCAGACGGAGUAGCCAAUGUUGAGCAUAUUCUUAAGAUUGGGUAUCUCAACGAUAAAGUUGAAGAACUGCUGGAAAAAUAUAUGGACUCCUAUGAUAUUGUUUUGGUGAAGGAUGAGUCUUUGGAUGUGGCCAACUCAAUCCUGCAGAAAAUCCUGUAAUUUGUUUCAUCAGGAUUUGAUUUUCCUCCCAAUGGAGGCAGCUAGACAGAGCAGCAUGCUUGUGUGAUCUUAGAAUAUUAAUGUUCAUACUGUUUUCCCUGUGAAUGUCACUUUAAUUUGUAAAGUAAUAUACUGUAUCCAGACGCCCAGAAGCUCCUCGGCUGCUCUUAAACGCUCUUCAUCUUUAACUGCACUCUUUAUUUAUUUUGAAAGGUUUUAUGGAUCACUAAAAAAGGGCUCCUUCAAUUUUUACAUGUGCAUAAUAAAGGUCAUUUUCAGAAUAUGUAGAACUGUUGUAAAAAUAUGCAAAACAUGCUGUAAUUGGCUGCCACAAUUACAGUUCUGUUCAUUAAAAUGGCAAGUAGUUUAAUAUCACAGGUUUUUUUUAUUUUCUUUAAAAAUAUAUUCCAGAGUAUGAAUAAAAAAAUCCACUUUAAUUCUUUCCUACUGGAAAGAACAGUUAGGGUAAAUAUCAAAAAUCAUGCCAGCCAAAAUCAUGGCUAAAGAAUGUGAAGCAGAUCCUGUUAGAGUUUUACUGUAAAAUUUGCACAAUAGGGUAGUUAUGUCUGUUCUAUAGUUGUCAUUGGACAAUUCUAAAGGCCCUAGCUUGCAUUCUAAUUACAGUGAGUGGAAUACCACUCGUGGAAUAGGAUCAUCCUUCUUCAGCUCCCUGUGCCCCUCUAAAAUGUUGCUUAGGAGGGUCAGGAAUUAAUCUUGAAUUACAUGGACUGUAUAAGGACAUCUUUUGGCUCCAAGACCCUUUUUUCUAAUUUCAUCAGUACAGGUAGCUGAAGUGACUAGUUUUAGCAGCACUAAAACAAUUUUUCAAGCCAGCUCUAGAGAAUACCAUUGUGUUAUUGCUUUAAUGAGGUGUAAUAUUGGUAUAGCCAUUUUAAAUAAAUACCAUGUACAAGUAUAUUUUUCAUCCCUUAGUCUGUCUUAGCUUACAUGAAAAGGCAGCUGUUUUGAAACUGGAACUGUUACCUUAUUCAUUGUUGAGUAGUACUCCAUACAUAGGACUUCUCUCUUCCUCUGGCCAAUAGGAGACAGACUUCAAGAGAAAAAAGGUUGUCUGACUACAAUGAGAGGUUCCUCUCCAUUUCCUUUCUUGUGCUUCAUGAGGAUGUAAACAGUCAUUUUGUGUCGACUAUCCUUGGAAUCUUUUCUCUUGCAGCUAGCAGGCUAAUCUAAAUGUUUUUGCUUGUGGAUUUAGGGGGGAAAGUUCAAUUUAAUGCAGCCCUUUGUUCCUCAAAGUCUGUAACAAGUAAGGACUGGAGAGGGAAAAUGUUUUUGUCAGAUGAUCACAGCCCGUCAUAUAAUGAAGUCUCAUAGCUACUAAACUGACAAGAUAUGAAAGUCCUCAAACUAAGUUACAACACUGUUGCAGUAUUGACUUGGCAGUGAAAUGAACCUCUUCUCACAAACUAUUCAGAACAAGUGGAACAUCACAUGUAGAGGACAGAGCAGGGCUAUUACAUUAGUGUUCAGUGACUGCAGGAGUAGGCUUCUGCAUUCAGCUUACCAGUGUUCAGGUCAUACAUGUGUGGUGUGAUAUAACUGCCACUUGAGAAAGCAAUUAUAAGGCACAAGCUGUUUUAUGUGAAUUGUUUCCUCAUGAGAUUGCAAUAAUUUUUAGAGGCCGUUUGACCCUAGUGCAAACGUAUGGUUGCAUUUCAGUUGUCUUACAGUGGUGCUGAUAAUAUACAACAACUGGACUUGUUUUUCUUUUCACAGAGAGCUUUGAGCAGCCUUAGGGAGUUUUCCCCCUCUACCUUAUCUGUCUCUCCGCACAUACAUUUUGCCUAUGAAAAGCAUUUGGUUGUAACAACUAGAAGAAAAUACCUCUCAUCUUGACAGGAAAAAACCCCUAAAGCAGCCAGUAAUACAUAAAAUACUGUUCAUGACCACUUUCAUAUUCAACCUGUAAGUUGUUAAAGGAUGUUAAAUAUUAAUCGCACUUUUAAAUGUAUGAGAUUAAACUUUGGUUUAUUAAGCCUCACAAAUUACAUGAGGUAGAUUGUUACUGUCAUCAUGCAGAUGACCUACUAUAUACAUAAACAGCUUGUUCAAAAUUCCUAUCCUUUCUUUGUGGCCAUGAUCUCAAGCCACAUCUUCAAUUAGAGCUUCUCAUCCCCACAUACAUGAAGAAAUGUCACACAUAAUUUAUUUGUCAAUAUUUUAUUUAAUUAAAAAAUACCAACAUGUAUCACUUUUGAGAAAUCUUCAUGGCAUUGUUAGUAAUACAAAGUGUGUUUUAAAAUCUACAAAACUUUACUUACUGUAAAAAAAAAACUAAGCAUGUCUUGAGUUUAAAAUUAGCACCAUUCACACAAUUAAAGGUGGUAUCUCAAUUUGUUCCGUUCUAUUGCUA